UGAAGAUCCCGACUUGAUGCACGCGCACGACGAUGUAACCGACAAGCUUCGUAAACAUGGUGUUCCAUCCACAGUGACAGACCCAUUCACAGCAGAGGGUUACAAUCAAGAUUUUUCCCACAUGCCAUCUUUUGGACUGAUUGAUAUUUUCAAUUAUCUUCUCUGUUCGAGAUGUGACUACGAUGGAAAAAAAUUGAAGAGCUAUAAGUCAUUUGAGGAUUACAGGCUGUUCUAUGAUGGCCAUGUAGAACUGCUGGAAAUAAACAACCUUACAGAUGAUAGCCAGGUCUGCCUCUUCAGGGCUAAGGUCAAACCUACCCAGAGGGAUAGGACCUACCUUAAUCAAAGCUGUUACCAGCUUUUUGUUGUCAUGGACAAGGUUGAGGGAGAAGUGAAAAUGGCCUACAGUCAAUGUAUUGUGGGAUCAGAUGGAGCAUGCCGUCACAUUGGAGCAGCAUUAUAUGCUAUAGAGAAUGUUGAGCCAACAUCUUGAACCGAUGGAGCCAAUCAGUGGAUGAAGCGACCUCGUUUACAUGAUGCAGCCGUCCCUGUCAAGAAUCUGACUGUCCUCAAGGCAAGAUAUGGCACAACUCCUGUCGUCAACAAUGUGUCACCAGAUGUCGACUCAUAUGAUCCCCGGGCCCCUGAAGACCGUAUGCCAUAUACACAAGAACAGAAGCGAGACUUUGGUCUACAACUGAGCAAGUUAUCCCCAGAUGUUCAGGCUCUAGAUAUACUUCUCUGUCCAGAAGAUCUCAUAUCUAUGAAGACCAGUGAUCAGAAGUCCAUCACAGAUUUAUCCAUUCCAUCAAAAGCACAGUGUUAUGCAUCAGAUAACAAGGAUAAAUUAGUUAACUGUGAGUCAUUGGAUGAACUUGAAACUAUCUGUGAUGACUUUUACAGUAAACUCACUUACUCUGAACAGGAAUGCAAGGAUAUUGCUAUAUGCACUGUUGGGCAGUCUAUUAACGAUACAUGGUUUGAACAAAGAGCUGGAAGGUUAACUGCUUCCAACUUCAAACAAGCAUGUUCAUAUGCUGAAUAUAAUUCACAACCGUCUAUGUCAUUCCUGAAAUCUAUCAUGUGUGAGGACAGAAGUGAAGCUAAAGAUAAUUGUGAACCACUUAUGUGGGGAAGAAAGAAGGAGCCAGUUGCUCGACACAUGUAUACUCGACUUGUACGCUCCUGCCACAAGUCUCUAAAGGUUCAUGAACAUGGACUGUUCAUAAACUCAUCAUAUCCUGCUUUAGGAUGCAGUGUUGAUGGUGUUAUUACAUGUAAAUGCCAUGCUGACAGAGUACUGGAAAUAAAGUGUCCAUACUCACCGAGGAGUAAACAUCCUAAAGAGGUUGCCAAGAUGAAACAUUGUCACCAGGUUGAUAACAGUGAGGAGUGGGUGAUGACCAAAGACUGUCCAUAUUAUCAUCAGAUUCAGGGCCAGCUUGGUCUGUAUGGUUUGAAGUGUGGUGAAUUGGUGAUUUUGACUAACCAAGGCUGUGGUCAAAACUGAAUUUGAUGAAACAUUUUUUAGCCAGAUGAUUAACAAUCUGAACCUGUUCUAUAAGAAACAAGUCUUACAGUAUCUGUUUACACAGCUUACAUUACUUUGACAUAAGAUGAUGCGUGAUAUUUGACAAAUGUGAUCAAUGAAACACUGUACUUGUGUACUAUGAAGCUACCUGUACUGUACUGUACUGUACUGUACUACUGAGGUAAAGUCUGUAAACAUGUAACACUACAUAUACAUGCUUAGUUUGACCAUGUUACAUAUUUGGGAACAGCAGGAUAUUUGACAAUGUGAUCAAGGAAACACUGUGCUUGUGUUCUAUGAAGCUACCUGUACUGUACUGUACUACUGAGGUAAAGUAUGUAAACAUAAUUCUGGGAAUAAAAAACAUGAAGAAAAAAACAGAGAAAAAAAUGAUGCAGUUUUACAUAAACAUAAUCUGCUAAAAUGUUACUGGUGGGGGAUCUGUGUCUUUUAGUGCUUGUUAAUAUUACUUCACAAGUUUCUUGUCGAGGUUGCACAGUGCUGCACAUACAAAUUGCAUUUGAUCCAAAAUGCUCUUAAAUCUGAGUGGGAUAACUCUUUGAACGAUUUGAAACUUCUUAAGCCUUCCUAUGGCACGUUCAACGUGAAUGCGUGAACUGGCAAUUCUCCUUUUCUUUGCUUCUGCUUUUGAUUUCAACUGCUUACCCAUAGAAAAUGGUGGUAUAUUGAGAGUGCACAUUCUUUUAGUAAGUAAAUCACGUAUUAAAAACCCUCGGUCGGCCAUGAUGUCAUCUCCGUACUCAAGUUUGUCUAGGAAACCAGACUGCUGAACAAUCUUCCUGUCUGAUAUUGAACCUGUAUACAGAUUUGAGAGAAAAAACAAAUGUACCAGAGGGGGAUAUAGCAACCAAUGAUUUUACAGUGUUGUGGUGCUUGUAUUGGGACCAUGUGACUCUCUGAGAUGAAGCUAGACUUGGUUUUUGAAUGAAACAUUCUGUGCAGUCAAUAAUUACUCUGGUCUUAGGAAAACAUUUGAAGCACUUAGGUAAGCAUGAAUUUACUUGAUACCGAGUUGGCCAAGAUACUAGGAAUUGAAGUUCGUGGUACAUAAAAGAAAUCCAAGUGGUGAAAAUUCUACUGACAGAAGAGUUGUCAAUUUGAAAUAGAUAGGCUAAAACUUCAGAGUCAAAUCCUCGUCUGAGCCUGGCUAAUGUGAGAAGCAACUCUUCUGUAAGGGUCAAGACCCGAGGACGACCUCUCCUCCC